AUGGCAUUGCGGCACCGUCAAGUACUGUUACAGCAGCACCGAGGCGUAUGCUAUCGCGAGGAGAGCAUGUCGCCAGGCCCUGGGCCUGGCUUAAAUACGACUGCUGUUUGCUCGUUGUGUCAAUGUACUUACCUGUACUGCAACUGCCAUUACCAGAUCUGUCCGCGACAUCCAGGGUGCAACUCCGAUCAUGCUGCCAGACACAGACUGAUUAAUCCGAGGCAUGAAGUGCUGAUAUCGACGCGUAUGGCACAGCUAGAGCGCCAGCAGCAGGCCAACAACUGGUGGUUCCAGCAGCAGUCAGUGGCACCGAGAAGAAACCUAAUCGGCCUUGAUAUUGUUGCGGGUCGCAUCGCAUCACAACCUUUGGUUAUAAUUCCACGCACUCACCAACAGCCGAUUGUGGAACUUGCCAUGGUGAGGAGUAUUGUCCAUUGUGAGGAUCUGCAAAAAAUGCCUCCUUCAAGUUGUCUCUAUUUUAUGUGUUUUUCCGUUUCGUACAAAUGCAAAAAGGCAUAUUGUGGAGAGGUUUUCCAUGUGUGUGUGUGUGUGUGUUUGUGUUUAUAUGUAUAUGUGUGUAAAUGUUGA